AUGGGUUUGGACAGAUCUCCUGGAAAGGAAGCCCAAGGAGCAGGUGAAGGUGUCAGCCUUGUGUGCGCGCUGUGCCAGAAAGCCAUACUGACCACGGAUGAGGUAUUCCGUUCGGUUUGCGAGCACGAGUUCCAUCUUCCCUUUGACUCAGUUCAAGGUAACGCACACCCUGACGGCAGUCCUCAGGCGAACGCCUCCGAACGGGUGAACCGUUCCGUGAUUGCUGGUAUCCGGGCGUACAUACGACCCGACCAGAAGAACUGGGACGAGUGCUUAAACAGAAUAGCGUGUGCGUUGAGAUCGGCAAGACAUGCCAGCGUAGGAACGACUCCGUAUUAUUUGGCUUUCGGUCAACACAUGAUUACAAGUGGUUCGACAUAUUCGUUAUUGAGAAAAUUGAACAUGCUAGAGGAUCGAUCGUUGGUGUUCGAUAAGCAAGAUUCCUUUGAAAUAGUACGCCAAAGCGCUGGAAAGCAAAUGCAACGAAGUCACAAUCUGAACGAGAAGCGAUACAACUUACGGUCCAGCGAAGUAGCGUUUGCAGUAGGCCAAGAAGUGUUUAGGAGAAAUUUUAAACAAAGUUGUUUUCAGUCCGGCUACAGCGCCAAGUUUGGGCCUGCCUUUGUGAAAGCCCGUGUCCGCAGAAAGAUAGGAAAUUCCUACUACGAAUUGGAAGAUUUGCAAGGACGCCUGCUGGGUAACUACCACGCAAAGGACAUACGACAGUAAUAAGUCGCUUCAUGUGGUAUCAGCCUAGGAGAUGUAACCACCCCUAGUCUGAUCUGGAGGGGGGGCUUUG